AUGGCUAGGGCCCAGCGACUUGUGCUAGCGAGCGAGCACCGGAAUGCGCGUUUAAAGAAGCAGGUGAUGUUGAUUCUACGGCUGCGUUGUAUGUACUCUUUUGAUCGUAAUGUUCUAACAGUUGCAGCGCUAAUUGAUCCUGCUAAAUCGCCCUGGCACACGUUGUAUGCUAGUCGAGAUCGUGGGAGCUUUAUAUCAGUUGUCUCCCUUGAUCAUGAGGCAUUUGAUUGCUUGCUACAGGUGUUUAGCGUGCAUUACGUAGUUAAAAGCGGCGUGGGCAAGCCAGGGCGGCCCCCAAACAGCCAUAGAGAACAAGACGCUGUGCGAACUUUUUGGUGUCCCUCAAGCUACCCUAUCUCGAGUCCUAGCUAA